UUGAUUAUGUAAUAUUCCACCCUAUUGAAAUGUUUAACUUUGCUAGCUUAAUUAGCUACUAUUUUUACUUGAACUCUCUCUACACUGAUGGCUAUUAUAUAGGCCAGGUGGAACAAAGAAGAGAUAUAGAGCUGGAGGUUCACUUAACGGCAAUAUUGGUUUGCAACCAAAGAAGACCCAGAAAAAGUCGAGUGGUUGCAAAGUGUCUGAGAAGAAACAUAGUCUUUAGAGCAGGGGUAUAAAGAAUAUUUUCAACGGUAAUCCGUGUAAGGUGAUCAGCAGCCACUAUGGUAUCGCUUUAAAUUGAAGUGAAGCAUCUAGUUGCAUUCCUCUAUGUACAAGUACUCUGAAGUAUUAGUCAGAAAACCAGAACAAUAUUACUCACUGGCGUUGGGACUGGCAGACUCAUGAUCAUCGUCGUCCAGCAAGUCAAAGCACAACCAGCUGGGCCAAGCUACUUCCUCUCGAAGCAAACUCCGAAGCCCGUCAAUAAGGAACUUCUCGACCUUUCCCACGUUCCUCAACACGUUCUGCUCAACUCCUCCGAUUUCAGACUCGAUUUUUACCUUCUUGAUGAUAUCUAUACGCUCUUGGGUGUUACUGGAGUUGAUAUACUCGACGAAGUUUCCCCCCGAGUUACCUGGAUUGGCGGGAGAGUUGACCCCAUACGAAUGGAUCGAAGACGAGAAGUAGUCCGAGGUUUGCUCAUUCACAUCACAUAGAAACGACACAAAUACCAGGUUUCGCAAGUAGGCUACCACCGCAAUUGAGUGGAUAACCAAACCUGUGAUAUGGAGUUUGAUGGGGAGCGAGAUGAACUUGGGUGAAGGGUAGUUGACAAGAAGGUUGACAAGCACAUUGAUUUCCAAGUCGCCGUGGUAGUUGACUUCCAUCGUCAACUGAAUAUCAUUUUCAUGCCUAUCAGAACCAGUAAAGCUGGACGGAUCUCGGUACGAGCCAGGCCGCGUGACGUGGUUGAGAAACCGCGUGGGAGUAUCGGCUCGUGUGGGUAUAUGGCUGGGGGAGUUGAGGUUUCCAAGCCCUAGGUUAUUGAGGUUGUGGUUGUGAAGGAAGUUCAAGUUGGAAUUUCCAAGCAUCAACGACAACGAGUCCAGCGAGCUUCGCGUGAGGGUCUGCUCCUGGCGGUGGAGUUCUGCCCCAGACUUGCCGCCUAUUUUCGGGAACUCCAAUAUCGAGAUGUUGGUGCUGGCAUUAUCAUUGUCAUUAGGAUGGUCAUUAUAGUCGUCCUCAUCGCUGGAGUACUCGUAGCUGUUGCGCCCAUGCAUAUAGCUCAUAUUCAAGCUCUUGAGGCGCUCAUCUAUGUCUUUCAAGUUCUCGUCGUAGAACUCAUCGAAUGGAUCUCCUACGUGAAGAAUCGAGAUAUCUGGGGCAGUGGAGCCCAAAUCGAAUCCAGACACCGAGAGGUCACUGAUGAAGGACGGGAGCAAAGAGGAGGUAUUUCCACCAUCACUCUCGAGGGAGAUGGAAAGGCCGCAAAAAACCCUCAGUUCACCAAGAUCGUGGGAUUUGAACAACGUGAAAGGGCUGGUGGCAGCUGGAACCCAUCGUUCGACCAGACGGACUUGGAAGUGCCACCACAAGAUAUCUUGGAUACCGAGCGGUACAAUGAGCCUGAUGUCAUUAGUCCUCCAGCAGAUGUUCCUGCUGGGCUCGAAGGCAGCCUGGAACAAAACCCUGUCAAGACUGAUUUCGACCAGAAAGCCCGAGACUUGCUGUGGCGGUUUGGAGGUGUUUACAAGGACCUUUACACCAACGUUCCUGCGAGGUUCACACGGUUCUCGUACAUGGAGAACGAAGAUAAGUUCCACGAUGAAAAACGGACAAUAUACCCAUUGAUGUCCCAGGUGGAAUUAUGUAAACGGAUCCAGACGUUUGUGGCCAAAGAAGGCAUUGAAAAGUACUACAGGUUCAACUCACGGGUGGAGUCGGUGGUCAAGACGGAGUCUGGUAAAUGGUUGUUGAGCAUUCGAAAGGUUUACGAUGGAGACCAUGAAGAAUGGUACCAGGAAGAGUUUGACGCAGUGCUUGUGGCAAUAGGACACUUUGGGGUGCCAGUAUUCCCCCAUACCACCGGAUUAGCGGAGUUCAACCGAAACUUUCCGGGAGUGGUUUCUCAUGCCAAUAGUUACAGAAACCAUGAAGAUUUUAGAGAUAAAAAGGUAUUGGUGGUAGGAGGAAGUAUCAGUACCAUGAACACCAUUCAGUACGUUCUUCGGUUGGCUAAGUCGUUCACGGUGGCUUUGCGAGAAGAAAACAAAGUGUACAAGUGGGUUAAUAGUGCUUUGAGAACCGGAGGUGUUAUUUUAAAGCCUCAGAUCGACAGCAUCGAUGGCAAGACCGGUGAAAUCACCUUCAAGGAUGGAUCCCGGGAUUCAGGGUUCGACAAGAUUGUGUUUUCCACCGGCUAUCAUUUCCAUUUCCCGUUUUUGAAGGGAUUAGUAAAGUUUGAUCGUCAGAAGAGGAGACUUCCUGGUUUGUACUACAACACCUUUUGGAUCGAAGACCCUACGAUUGCAAGCACGGGAUUGACAUCAUCAACCUUGACGUUUUUCUGUAUGGAGACCAGUGCCGCAGCUAUAGCUGGUGUAUGGUCGGGGGUUACCGAGCUCCCAUCAAAAGAAGAGCAGAUAAAGUGGGAAAUUGAAAGAGCAGAAUCUCCUCCAGUAGAAGGCUUUCUUUACUUUGCCCAUACAAAGAUGGAAGAGCAAUUUUUGAAGCCAAUGUCUCGGUUCUUUACUAAGAAUAGACGGUCUCCAUUUUACAAGGAUGGAAUUCAUGUGGGAGAUGUUGAUAUAGCUGUGGACAGAAUCCAAAAAAUCUUUUACCUGAUUAGGGAUGGGAAGCUUCCUAUUAAGGAUACGCUCUAUGAGUGAGGUUAUAUAUUUAUAUUGUUAGACAAGACAAGUUUAGAUUAAUCUCAAGUAGUCUACUCCCCAAUGACAAAGUUUGCCGGAGGUGACGGCGUUGGAACUUCCAAAUUUUGAAGCUGAUACUCACCAAUCUCCACGUCGCUGACCCGUUGAUAGGUGUGAUUAGUCCACGACAGCACCAUGUCCUUUGCCUUCUGAUAGUCAUUUUUUAUGCGUACAACAAUCCUAGACCGGCCUUUCAGUCCCAAAAGGAGCCAGAAUAUAAGACUCAACAACACUAAAAACAUAAACCCUCCAUACCACCGAUGAGGCUCGAUAUCCCAUUUCAGUUCGUUUUUGCCCUUACUGCUACUCUUCUCGUAGUCAUAGUAAUUGUACUUGGCAUUAGGAACGGGCUUCACAAACUGGGGUCUUUUGGCCACUCCGUUCUGUUCGCUUCCGUAGUGAAAGGAAUUAGGAGACGGCGUGUAGGUGAACCCAGCACGAGCCAAGAGGCUGGGAGAUGCCACCGAGUUCUGCAGCGUAUAGUUGUUGAAGGCUUCAACAUAUUCAUCAUUGGCGUAAAGAAUGGCUCUUCCCAAAGUCCAGGAGAACUCGGACCCUUUGAUUUUAUCCACCAACCGCAACGACUUGAACUUGUCGUCCUGCUUAAUUUCGUCAAUGCCAAAUCGAGGAAACCCAAGACCCAAAUGCAAAAAGUUCAAGAUCCACGACGACUUGAAACACAAGUUGGUCAAUUCUUCGGUGGAAAGCUGCUGACUCUCAGGUCUCAUUUUAUUUAGAUCUAUCAAUUCACUGUACGACUUAGAGCAGAUAUUCUUGGUGUUUUCGGAAAUCACUUUGUAGUCGUAUUCAGUAUCGGUAGGGUGUUUCUCGACUCUUGGGGAUAGUUGGGGCUGGUUGUACAGCAUCAAGGUGGAAAUAGCAUACCAGUAUCCACUCACCCCAUAGAAAUGGUUGAUGUCAAAGUCAAACGCCGGAAUCAAGUCGUUCAAGAGACACGAGCUGACCUUGCUGUCAUCAUUGUCCUGCUUGCAAUUCCCUGAAUGUGGCGAACUGGAGCGGUAGGAGCUUU